CAUUGUUAUCUUGGCGUUUGUCUGUGUUGUGCUGUCUAUAGAAUUGGCAAGGCUGGGCAAGGCUUGCUUGGGUGUUGGUCACAUGCAACCCCAGUACUAGAACAUCUGGCCACUGCGACUACGACGGCAGUUACAACAGCGAGGUAGGUAUUAUUGCAUGGGAGAGUCUAUGAAUUUGCAAAGGAAGGUCCGUCGGAUGUUAUUCAUGGGCCAUUGGCCCUACAAACCCAGCUUGUACCCUACGGGCCUGUACCGUCUGUUACGGGUGGGUGGCCCAAGUCGUGAGUGACUCUGCGCGGCGGGAAUAACAAACACCAUCGGCGAUCCACAAGUGAGAUCAGGGGUAACCAGUGGGAACUAUGACAUCAUCGAUCUGAGGCUAAAGGAAAGCGAACUUUGUGUUAAAGGAUGAGCGUUGAUCGACUGCAUUGUGAUAAGCAAUCAAUCCCGUUGGUCAGGAUGCCCGAUGUAGGAUAUAUAUCAUGUGCAUCUUUUUCUGUAUCCCUGGACGCAAUAAUUUGAAAACGGGCUGCGGCGCGAGAGAGUUCCCCAGUUAGUUGGUGGCGUUCUGUUCUUGACUUUCGAGGCUGCCCUGCUACAGCAACAACAACAACCUGAACUCUUUCGACGAAAACCACGCAGUUUAGGAUCAAUUUUCAACAAGCAAACCAUUAUUAUUCGCUUCAAACUCAUAUCGUCCUCUCUUCUUCUGCCUUGGACUUUGGUUGACCCAAUCGCCAAAGCCUCCUGCCAAGAGCAUUCCCCUUGUUUGCGAUGGGGCAGCUAAUUUCCGUCACGUGGGGGCGGCGCCUUGUUUCUUGUUUCUUAUUCAACUAACGGAGAGGGCACGGGCAUCGUGAAUGAUUUCUAGCUUUUGCUUUUGCUUUUUUUCAUCUCUCCCUUGUUUCCUGUCCUUAAAGCUGUGGCUGAGCGCCUUUGUUGAUCAACUCGAUCCAUUCCGCUUCUUUUUGCCUUUGGCACGAACCUCGACUCUCGUUUACAAUGAGAAACAACUUCUUGGGAGCCGCCGCCGCGGCAGCCUUGGCCUCCACUGUUGCUGCUGACGCCAGCUACACACUCUCCAACCAGAAUGAAGUUAGAACGACUGCCACCAGCAUGGCCAAGAAUCUCGUCGGUUUUCUGAAGAAUGGCACCUCUCUGCUCCCUGAGGACCAGUACGACUGGUUCAGCAACGCUGCUUUGUGGGCUUCCAUUAUCGAGUUUGGUCACAACACGGGCGACUCAACCUACGCUUCCACGGCCCUUGCUGCGAUUGCAUCCCAAUAUGGCGACAAUGCCGACUUUGCUCCGGAGCAGCAGACUCUGACUGAGGGCAACGACGACCAGGCCUUCUGGGCCACCACGGCACUACUUGCUGCUGAGAGAGGACAGGACGACCCUAAGGGUAAGCCCAAGUGGGUUGAUGCUGCUAUCAAGGUCUACACCACCCAGCAACAGCGCUAUGACGCCGAAACUGCCUGUAAGGGCGGCUUGCGCUGGCAGCUCCGCGCAGCCAACGUGGGCUACAACUACAAGAACUCCAUUAGCAAUGGGCUGUUCUUCAAUUUGGCUGCCCGCUUGGCGCGCUACACUGGCAGCCAGACCUACAUUGACUCGGCCGAGAAGACAUGGGAGUGGCUCGAACUGUCUGGCCUGGUCGACAACAAGACCUACAGUGUCUAUGAUGGCAUCAGCACCGAUGACUGUGGUAAGGUGCUCAAGACUGAACUAACAAUGUCCAACUCGGUGCUGGCUCUCGGCGCCGCCAACCUGUACAACAUCACCAAGGACGACAAGCAAAAGAUGUGGCAGGCUCGCCUCGGUAACCUGACUGCGAGAGCGACCGACCGCUUCUUCAGUAAGAGCAUCUUAACCGAAACGUCCUGCGAGGGCAUCAACUCCUGCUCUACUAGUGUAGAUCUCAUGAAAGGCAUGCUUGCGCAGCACUAUGGCCAGGCUAUGCAGCUUGCCCCCUUCAUUUCCAACGAUAACAUGACGGAGCUGCUGCAGUCGUCUGCCGUCGCCGCUGCCAGACAGUGCGCCUUUGGCGACAAUGGCCAGAUUUGCGGCCUCAACUGGCUGAGCGGCAAGGGCGAGAACAAAACUGCCAAUGCCAUGUCCCAGGUCAGCGCGCUCAACAUGGUCAACAGCUUGAUGUCCAGCAAGGCCGUCGCCCCGUACACGAACAAGACCAACCCUGUCAACAUUGCCAAGGAUAAGGGUGGAAAGGGAACAAAUGGAGGAAAGGAUGGAAACGACAAUGCCAGUGGCCGCGUCGAGGCCAAUGCCAUGCUCGCCGCUGUCCUGAUGCUCUCGAGCGCCGCUUACCAUGCCAUCUAGAAGAAUUACAUAUUGCGGCCAAUUCCCUCCAGUCACAACGCGUCUGUUACUGUCGGUGUACAUACUGUAAUGCUUUUUUCUUUUACUUUUCAGCGUAAUUUAGAACCCGCUUUUAAUUCUACAAUAAUUACUACAUGGGCCCGGUACGCUCUUAUUUACCCACU